AACUUACUAUCGCAUCUGUCAUUCAGUGUGAAAAUACUUUUCUAAGGUACUCAAAAAUGAGGUUUCUUGUUCUUCUUUUAACAUUGGCUGUAGCUGCAAAUGCUCUGACUAGCCACGAAAAAUGGUCCCAAUUCAAGGUUGACCAUUCAAAGAAAUACGAACAUCUAAGAGAAGAGCAAGUCCGUUUCCAAAUUUUCUCUGACAACCUCCGCAAAAUUGAAGAACACAAUGCAAGAUACGAAAGUGGUGAAGUGUCCUACUACCUGGCUCUUAAUCAGUUCGCAGAUAUGACUCCAGAGGAAUUCAAGGCUAUGCUUGACUCUCAAAUCGUUCAUAUGCCCAAACCAAACAUUACAUCUCGCUUUGUAGCUGAUCCUCAAUUGGAUGUUCCAGAGUCAAUUGACUGGAGAGACAAAGGGGCAGUUGCUCCUAUAAGGGACCAAGGAGGUUGUGGAUCUUGCUGGGCUUUUAGUGCAGCUGGUUCUCUUGAAGGACAACGGUAUUUAAAAGAAAAUAAAUUAGAAGUUCUUAGUACCCAACAAUUAGUAGAUUGUUCCAAAGGCUACCAAAAUCUGGGUUGUAGAGGUGGUUAUCCUCAUUGGGCAUAUAAUUAUAUCAAAGAUAAUGGUCUCUGUCUUGAUUCCGAUUACGAGUAUCAAGGAAAAGAUGGACAAUGUAAGCAAUGUGAACCGGUUGUUAAAAAUAUCAAAGGUUAUCAAUCUAUCGAUCAAACUGAAGAAGCUCUUAAAGAAGCUGUAGGAACUGCUGGCCCAGUAUCCGUUGCAGUUUGUGCUAAUUUCGAAUGGCAAUUGUACGGAGGAGGUAUCUUUGAUCACGCUCUUUGCUUAAGUGAUACUUUGAAUCAUGCAGUUUUAACAGUAGGAUAUGCCGAAGAAAAUGGUAAAGAUUUUUGGCUCAUCAAGAAUUCGUGGGGAACAUCAUGGGGAGAAGAAGGAUAUAUUAGAUUAGUUCGUGGUAAAGCACAAUGUGGUAUUAACCAAUUGGCCAACUAUCCUCUUCUUUAAUUUGUAUAGGUAUAGGAAAAUAAUAAAGUAUCAAUUUGAAAAUUAUUUG